AUGCAGUUCAGCCUUGCCACGAUCGCGGCCGUUGCCGCCAUGGUCCCGAGCAUCUCGGCCCACUACUGCUUCAACAAGCUGAUCGUUGACGGCGCCGUCGUCGACGCCGAGCCGUACGAGUACGUUCGCCAGAACACCAACGCCAACUCGCCCGUCACCGACGUCUCGUCCAACGACCUCCGCUGCAACGUCGGCGGCCUCGCCAGCGGCAGCAGCACCAAGACCAAGGAGGUCGCCCCCGGCGCCGAGGUCGGUUUCGCCCUCGACUCCAGCAUCGGCCACCCCGGCCCGCUCCAGGUCUACAUGUCCAAGGCCGACAGCACCGCCGCCGAGUACGACGGCUCGGGCGACUGGUUCAAGGUCUACGAGAUGGGCCCCGGCGAGAUCACCGACGACGGUCUCCAGUGGCUCAGCAACGGCCUGACCAACUUCACCUUCCCCCUGCCCGAGGAGACGCCCGCCGGCGAGUACCUCCUCCGCGUCGAGCACGUCGGUCUCCACGGCGCUUCUGAGGUCGGCGGCGCCCAGUUCUACAUCUCGUGCGCCCAGAUCAAGGUCACCGGCUCCGGCGCCGGCUCGCCCGCCCCCACCGUCAAGAUCCCCGGCGUCUACACCGGCGAGGAGCCCGGCCUGAAGAUCAACAUCUACUGGCCCAUCCCCACCAACUACACCAUGCCCGGCCCGGCCGUCUGGCCCGAGGGCUCUGGCUCUGCCAGCAGCGGUUCCGCCGCCACUCCCGCCGCCAGCACCCCCGCCGCCUCGACCCCCUCGCAGGUCGCCCAGCAGGCCGUCGCCGCCGUCUCGACCCCCGCCGCCGUCCCUACGCCCCAGGUCAUCCCCACCCCGGUCGUCGUUCCUACCCCCGACACUCCUCUCUUCACCCCGCCCGCCUACACGCCCGUCACCACCCCCAGCACCGGCACCGGCAGCUCCGUGAAGCAGUACGGACAAUGCGGCGGCUCCAACUACAAGGGCAGCACCGAGUGCGACUCCGGCCUCACCUGCAAGGCCUGGAACGAUUACUACAGCCAAUGUUUGUAA